UGAAAUGUCAACACGGCGAUCUUCUAGACAAAAAUCCAAAGACACCAAUGGAGAGAUGUCACACGAGCACAAAAAUGGCGGAGGAAAUUAUGACACCGAUCAAUGGGUGUUUUUGAUGAAUGAUUCCAUCAUAGAAAAAAAUCCGAAUGCAGAAGACAAGCCAACAUUUUGUAAACUGCGUCACCCUAAAACAGAUAAAGGUGCAAUAUUUGUGUUUUCUAAUGAUGAGCAGGACAUCCAUGAAGUGACCUCCUUUAAAGAAGAGUUUCGGUCCUGGUUCAUAGGGAAUCAGAUACAGAGUGAUGGAUCUCUAAGAUUGACAUCUAUAGUGGACCCUUUGUUUCUCGUGCUGCCGUACCUCAUUAAAGCUGAAAAGUCAGGCAAGUUUAUGACAAUAGACCAGGUUGUGAUUGAUGAUGACUUCCCAGAAUGCCAUCGUCUGUACAAGACUGCUGGAAUGUCGGAGCUUCACCAAGUCUCAGAUGUGAAAGGAGAUGAUGACUUAAGAGUGUACAGAUACAACAAGGAGAAGACAAUGUCCUGGCUACAAGGAAAGACGGACAAGUUAGCAGAUGUUCUGUCCUCCAAGGGGAUCUGUGUGUCUGGAGCCCAAAGCUCCUCCUUUAUCAGGAGUAAACGUCUCUCUACGGCAACUACAGAUGACUACCGACGAUUUGCUCAUGGAAUGGUAUGUGACUACUUGCCUUCAUUUCUUGGUCAGGAACUUUUAAUACAUCUAGGUUUACCCGAAGAAUCAGAAAAGACAGAAGCAACAGAACCUCCAGCCAAGCGAAUGAAAACAGAAAAUUCUGGUCCAACAGAAGAUUACAGUCAGGGUAAAAGUAAUGUUAAAGUCAAGACUAUCAAGAUGAACAAAGCUCAGUCAUUGCUAAGCAAAGUAGACAAGUCUGGUAUGAAGAGUCUGUCAAGCUUCUUUUCACCAAAAACCAAGACAUGAGUAUUACUUCUCUUUUCCGAGGAUGGAUUUGGAACCUCUGAUUCAGGAAGAGCAAUUUAUAUCCAUAAUGUGUUUGAGAUAAUGUGUUCAUAUUUUAACUUUAUUUUACAAAGAUUUAAGUCUUAUUUGCAUUUAAUACAAACAAUAUUAUGAAUAUAUAGUAGUAUCAAAAUUAAAACAAAUGUUGCAUUUGAAAAAAAUAUAGUUUAAAAAUGUGGGAAGACUAAAUUGAAUUCUAUUAUUUUCAUUGUUUUUAGAUUUGAUAAGUUCUCCUUGAAUGCAUUCACUGUGAUAAAACUGAAUUAGUCUUGAGUUUGAUUACUGCCUCAAAGUUGUUUUGAUUUUGAAUUACUUCGCGUUUAGAUUUCUUCCUUACUUAAUUAUCAAAGUUUCUUUUCUAUCAAUACUUAAACUUGGCCCUUGGUGCAUGAUCUAACAGAUUUGACAUACAGUUUAUAACAUGCAUGUGUUCUGAAACAAGAUUUGUGACUGCCAUACAUACCUGUGCGUAAUAACUGCCAAACAUGUAAAAAAAAUGUUAAAACUGAUAUACUUCAUUGAUGUAGAUUUUUUGCUUGUUAUACAAAAUUGCAAUGUUUAAGUGUUUAUGAAUCUACCUGAUUCACAACUCACUGACAAUUUGAUUUUUUUGUAAUAAUAUUUCAGACAAUCUGAUAGUUUGUUGAAUUUUAUUUUCUGUGAAUCACUGAAGAUUUAAAACCAUUAUUGAUUCAGGAGUCCUGUCAUACUGCACUACUGCUUUGUUUAAAAUACAUGUUCCUCAUUCAAAAUCUGAUUGAUUUUGUAUAAGUAUCUAAACAAACUUGAAGUAUUGACAAGUUCUCCUUGAUAGUAUGCCUUCAUUAUUAAGAAGCAUUAUUUCGUUUUUGUUUUAUUGCCUCAAAAUUGUUUUGAAUUUGAAUUACUUAUUAUAGGUCCUUUGUCAAAGUGUUAAGUUUUUCACGUUUCUGAUUGAAUUAGUAUUCAAAUUGUAAUAAUUGAAAUAGAUUAAAGCUACUAUCAGGUUUUGUACAACAAACAUCAGGCAUUGUAAAAGAAAUAUAUUUUUCUGAAUAUCUUCGAUUUAAACUCAUUUUGUAAUCACAAUGCUAGAAUUUGUUGAUAUUUAAGAUUUUAGACAGUGGAACUAUAUUGAUAUUAUAGGUUUGAGACAGUGAAACUUUAACUUCCUGGUUACAAGAUGAGAAGGGUCAACUCCAACUGCAAUUAAUUCUCAUGUAAAUAAUGCAAUGUAUAUUGUAUAUGCAGACUGAUUUCAGCAUCUGCUACUUAUAGAUACAAAAUUAUCUCCCUUUAACCAGUAUGAAUGUUUGUUUCUGUGUCUGUUUAAUAUACAAAAUAUGAAAUUAUCCCCUCUUUGACUGCACAGUAAAUUACUCAUGCACCAUAUUAAAUUUGUUCAACAUUAAAUCUGUCAAAUUGUU